ACACAGCCCGGGCUGUGAGUGUGUGUGUGUGUAUACAGCGUGAGUCACCGGGAGGCGGAGGAGGUGGAGGAAAAGGAGAAGGAGUGCACUGGCCGGGAUCAGUGCGGCACACACUCAUAUUCAGUCACUCUCUCUAAGCGCGUCUCGCUCGCUCACACGCCUGGAGCCCAGGAGCGCGCAGGAUCCCGAGCGGCGCGGAAAAGUUGCACCGGCUUUUACUCAAGACUAAUUGCUUUGGGAAGUGCGUUUGCUCGGUGAAGCCAACGAGCCUGCGGAAUCUGUCCUCCAGGCUCAGCACCCGGGAACUCGGGCGGCCUCCACGUCCCGGGCUAUCCACGGUCUCGGCAACAAUAGCGGCCGCCACCGCCAGCGAGGCGUCCAGACCUGGUGCCUGCCGGGGUCUGGGGACCUUAGCCGGCCUCCCACCCUUGGACGCGUGGCCAGUGUGGUUCUCGUGUACAACAUCAGCGUCCUGGAACUGCUCUCGUUUUGCUCCUUUUGGGGACCGAUCCAAGCUCUAUCUGCAGACUCCAUCCCGCGGACUGGAAGUCGUAGCGCGGAUCCAGGGAUUUACAAAGCCGGGGCCGCUCCGGCCAGGGCCGCGAUGCGGGUCGGUCCCGUGCGUUUUGCCCUGAGCGGCGCCUCGCAGCCCCGCGGACCGGCUCUACUGUUCCCGGCUGCCCGGGGCACCCCGGCCAAACGCCUGCUGGACACGGACGACGCGGCGGCCGUGGCGGCCAAGUGUCCGCGCCUCUCUGAGUGCUCGAAUCCCCCUGACUACCUCAGUCCCCCCGGCUCGCCCUGCAGUCCUCAGCCUCCACCCUCGGCGCAGGGGACCGGCGGCAGCUGUGUGAGCGCACCCGGGCCCAGCCGAAUCGCCGACUACCUGCUGCUACCCCUAGCUGAGCGCGAGCAUGUGUCCCGGGCACUGUGCAUCCACACCGGCCGCGAGCUGCGCUGCAAGGUGUUUCCCAUUAAACACUACCAAGACAAAAUCAGGCCUUACACCCAGCUGCCGUCCCAUAGAAACAUUACUGGCAUCGUGGAAGUGAUCCUCGGGGAGAGCAAGGCCUACGUUUUCUUUGAGAAGGACUUUGGAGACAUGCACUCCUAUGUACGAAGCCGGAAAAGGCUUCGGGAAGAGGAGGCCGCUCGGCUCUUCAAGCAAAUUGUUUCCGCCGUUGCCCACUGCCACCAGUCAGCCAUUGUGCUGGGGGACCUGAAGCUUAGGAAAUUCGUCUUCUCCACAGAGGAGAGGACCCAGCUUAGACUGGAAAGCCUAGAAGAUACGCACAUGAUAAAGGGUGAAGAUGACGCAUUGUCAGAUAAACAUGGCUGCCCGGCCUAUGUGAGCCCUGAGAUCCUCAACACUACUGGGACCUACUCCGGAAAGGCAGCGGAUGUUUGGAGCCUUGGGGUGAUGCUCUACACCCUUUUGGUCGGACGAUACCCCUUUCAUGACUCAGACCCGAGCGCCCUUUUCUCCAAAAUCCGUCGGGGACAGUUUUGCAUUCCCGAGCAUGUUUCCCCCAAAGCCAGGUGCCUCAUCCGCAGCCUCCUGAGACGAGAACCUUCUGAGAGACUCACAGCUCCUGAGAUCUUACUCCAUCCCUGGUUUGAAUACGUCUUGGAACCGGGGUAUGUUGACUCAGAAGUAGGAACUUCUGACCAGAUUGUUCCCGAGUACCAGGACGACAAUGACGUUAGUUCCUUUUUCUGCUAAUCCCCCCCCCCCAAAAAAAAACCUCAGAAACCUCAUAAUUCUCACACAUGGCAUUUCUAAUGAUGGGCAGGCCCUCUUACACGGUGCCAGCCAGCUAUGGGGACGGAGCACCAUUGUCCCUGUGGGGCUCAGUGUGGUGCCACCUCUCGGGCCGAGUGACUUGAUUUGACCAGCAUGCACUCAGAUUAGCUGCUUGACAAAGGUGUCCCCUUUUCGAUGACCAUCGUGACUGUCCCGGUGUCGGAGGCA